AUGCCGCUCUCGGCACAGAAGCAGCGCGAGCGCCGCGCCGCGCAGCGCGCUGCCGAGGCUCAGGACGCGGCUCGCGGGCAGCGCAACCGCCCGGCGCCGAGCCGCCGCCGCCGCCGCCGCCGCCGCCGCCGCCGCCGCCGCCACCUCGCGCCUCGCCUCCGUCACCGCCGCCCUCCAUCUCGCAGCGGCGCGUCCCCGUCUGAUGGCGCGGGCGCCUCGCUCACCGGCGCCUCGCCGCCGCCCCCCCCCCUUCUCGCGCCGCUCCGCUCGUGGCCGCCGCCUCCCCUGUCAAUCCCGCCGCCUCCCCUGUCAUCCCGCCGCCCGCACCACCGCCGCCACCGCCUCGCGCCUCGCCGCCGCCGCCACCGACCGCCCUCCCCUGCGCCGCUGAGAGCGCGGUGCAGGGGGUGAGCCCCCGCUGCGCAGCCUCACCGUAGUGCACUGCGCUCUCCGCGCCCCUGACGAUUAGUGAGGAGGUGGUGUUGCACAGCAUGGAGCUCGGCGAGCGUUUAGCGAGCCCCUCAGCUAGUAGAGGGAAGAAGGGAGCGAGGGGCGUUUCGUUCUAAAUUUUGAUGAGAGGA